AGCCACCUCGGCUGCCGCCCUGCCCCCUCCCCGGGGGGCUGCCGGGCAAGGCGGCAUUGUUGGCCGCGUCCAUCACUCCUCGUCCCCGGCUGACAUAAUGAAUGCGCUUGGACACACCUUCCAGCCCGGCGGAGAGACGCUGCGUCUCCACGGACAGCUUCGCCGAGCUCUCCGCUCCGCUCCCCACAGCCCUCGGGGAGGCGCCCCGCCAGCCCGCCCGGCCGCAUAGCCCGGCGCCCCGUCCCAGCCCAGUGAGGGGCCGCGGCGGCCGGGCCGGGCUGGGCAGGGCAGGGCGAGGAGGGUAGAAGCCCUCGCUAUGCUGCCCAGCGCCCUUUACUGGGACCUGGUGGGCUCCUCGGCUCUCCUCAACCUGCCGGCGGCGCCGGGCUUCGGCAACCUGGGCAAAAGUUUUCUCAUCGAGAACUUGCUGCGGGCCGGGGCGCCGAGCCCUGCCCAGCUCCGUCCCCUUCCCGCCAACCCCGUGCCCCUCAAGCUGUGCCCCGCGGCGGAACAAAUCAACCCCUCAGGGGGUCCCUUCCCGGCAAGAUGGGCUUUCCAAGUGCUCAACCCCUCUGCGGCGGACGGCGGCCGCCCGCCAGCGCGGGCCGCGGCGGCUGAGAGAGCCGGCAUCUUCCCGCCGGCGGCCACAGCUCUUUCCAAACACUUUUUUCUCCGAGCCCCGCCAUUCUACUCGGCAUGCUGCGGUGGGUCCUGUCAGCACCCUGCAUCCCCCACUGCUUUUCCAAGGGAGGAAAGUGUGCUGCCUCUUCUGACCCAGGAAUCUAACUCCAAAUCCCGGAGAGGCAUAUUAAGAAGAGCUGUCUUUUCUGAGGACCAGAGGAAAGCUUUGGAGAAAAUGUUCCAGAAGCAGAAGUAUAUUAGUAAAACAGACAGGAAGAAACUGGCCCUUAACCUGGGUCUAAAGGAGUCUCAGGUGAAAAUUUGGUUUCAGAAUCGAAGGAUGAAAUGGCGAAACUCCAAAGAAAAAGAAGUGCUUUCUAACAGGUGCCUCCAAGAAGAAGGUCUUCAGGAGAACUACCUCUCACGAUCCACCAUGAAUUUUACCUCCCCAUGCCCAUCUGUGUGGGAAAUGUCUGAAGAGCGGGCAAGUCCAAGGUGGAGAGAGCAUUCUCCAGGAAAUUCUGAAAGACUGACUAGUACCCGACCACCUCCAAGAGCAAAUUCAUUGCAGAGCCCACUCUAUUUGUAUCCUGACCAAGACACUGCAAACAAGGCAUCAUCAAAUGUAAGGGAGUAGGGGCAGUUUGUAAAUGGAGUGGGAGAGUGCAGGCUUCAAAUGAGCAGUCUUUUAAGAUUAACAAUAUUUGAACAUUGUAAAGUUAACUAGUUUAUGCUUCAAAAACAUGCUAAAGUCUAACACAUUAAAAUUGCAAACAACUAAUGAUUUAAGAAGUAUUCGUCAAUAUUCAAUCUUUUCUUGUGUCUUUUCCAGUGUUAUACUGACCUUUAAGUAAAAUAGGAACUGAUGGUAAGUAAAAUGAAGUGAAGAGCAUGAAGCUGAAUUUGUGCUCUGAUUUAUACAUCUGCACUGUAUGUGAUGCUCAUUAAAACACACAGUAAUAGAGAGUCAGUUUUAUUUCUCAUUGUAGUCAGACCAAUUAAUUUCUUCUGUGCAUGAGAUAAGAAGAGUUCUGUUUCUCUCAA